AUGUAAUAAUAUUUAAAGAGAGUAAAAAAGAGAAUUGAAGAAUAGUGGAUUAAAUAUGUUUUCAUUUUCAUAAUACUUUUAAUAGCUAUGUUUAGAAAUUAUACUAAUCUGAAAGUUUCUAAUGAAGAACCUGUAAAAUUAACAGAAGAAUAGAUAACAAAAACUGCAUAAUAUAAAUAAGAGACAAUAAUCUAUUAUGGUAUAAUGUCUGCUAUUUUUAUUGGCGUACUCGUUUUCAUACAGACCUUGAAUAAUAAAUAUGAAAAACCUAAGGAGAAAGAAAAAGGGAAUUGAA